CAGCAUUGCUAACUUGAAUUAAGUUAGCAAUGCUGCUGGGUAACUUUUAGUUUUGGUUGCUAAAGUUCUAGUCGGUUUAUGUUGACACCAGUGAUAUGUUACAGUAAGGUUAUUUCCUUAGUUUUGACUUAUGGAAUGCAAUGUUUGAUCCACACGGGACACCAUACAUUAGCAUAGCAACUUGGUGUUUUGCUCCGUUCUCAUCGAUAACCCAGCUUUGUCUGUCAUAGAUGUUGCAGUAUUCUCAGCAAUGGCAGUGGUUUAUUAUGUGAAGCUGCAUUGGAGAACAUUCAACGUCACCAUAGGUUUUGUUCAGUUUGACUGUUACCCGCUGAUAAACGUAUCGUUUGAUUUAGCGUGUGGUGAUAGUGACGGAAUCAUGGACCGUGUGUGGACUAGCCAUUAGCACAAGUGAAGCCCCGGAAGCCAACCGGAAGAUGCUACAUUAUUACUAUUAUUAAAGGCAGCUGUUGCGUUUAGGCAAAUUACUUAAAAGAUUCUCUUUUGCAUUGGCUUUGAAGAAUCACCAGGCUGUGACAGUCCGGCUGCGUCGUGGCCAUGCAGCAUCCCAAUUUUGAGACUCGUCACCCACUCCAGACAGACGAGCAGGAGACGGGGUUCGACCCACUGCAAAAUUUCAACAAGAACCGCAGCAGAGGUUCUCUUGACAGCAGCACUUACUCACAGUCUCAGUCAACCUUCCUGUCGUACCGGAAAGAAUGGGACGACUUGUUCCUCAACAGUAAUUAUCUGGCCAGGAUCCGGCAGUCGGGCAUCAACGGACGACUGAGGAGCAGCCGCUUUCGGAGUGUGUGCUGGAAGUUGUACCUGGAGGUUCUUCCUGAAGACAAAGCACAGUGGAUUAAGAAGACAAAGGAGUCCAGGGCUCAGUAUGAGAAGAUCAAAGAGAUGCACAUUACUAACCCCCGAAACGCUGCAGGCCAGCAGGACCUGGUGGUCAACAACCCACUGUCCCAGGAUGAGGGUAGCCUGUGGAAUAAGUUUUUCCAGGACAAAGAGCUGAAGAGCAUGGUCAAACAAGAUGUGUUGAGAACGUUUCCUGAGAUACGUUACUUCCAGGAUGAAGACGUGAGGACUAAGCUGACGGAUAUCCUCUUCUGUUAUGCCAGAGAAAAUGAACAGUUACUGUAUAAACAGGGGAUGCACGAGUUGCUGGCUCCCAUCGUGUUUGUUCUUCACUGUGAUCAUCAAGCCUUCCAGCACGCUAGUGAGACAGCCAGCCCCAGUGAGGAAAUGAAGUGUCUUUUGAACCCAGCCUACCUUGAGCAUGAUGCCUAUGCCAUGUUCUCACAUCUGAUGGACACAGCAGAACCGUGGUUCUCCAGCUUUGAGAGGGAAGUGAGGAAGGGUAAGGAAGAGAUGCUGACCAGUAUCCCAUUUGCUCGGCCCCAGGACUCAGGGCCAUCUGUUGCUAUAGUGACCAAAGUCAACCGGAUACAGGAUCAACUAGUGAAGAAGCACGACGUUGAGCUGCACAUGCACCUCAACAGGCUGGAGAUUGCCCCUCAAAUCUACGGCAUCCGGUGGGUUCGUCUGCUGUUUGGUCGUGAGUUUCCACUUCAGGACCUGUUAGUGGUGUGGGAUGCCCUGUUUGCUGAUAGCAUCACCCUAGACCUUGUGGACUACGUCUUUGUGGCCAUGCUACUCUACAUUCGAGAUGCUCUCAUUGCUAGUAACUUCCAGACCUGCCUGGGCCUGUUAAUGCACUACCCUCCAAUAGGGGACAUAAACGCUUUACUACAAAAGGCUCUGUUCCUCCGAGAUCCUAAAAACAACCCCCGACCCGUCAACUACCAGUUCCAACAAAAUCUGGACUAUUACAAAACAAGGGGAGCUGACCUGAUGAACAAGUCACGCUCUAAUUCAAAGAAUGCCCCCCUCAAUAUCAACAAGGUCUCCAGCAGCUUGCUGAGCUUCGGCAGGAAGCUCAUCUCUCCGGCCAUGUUGGGAAGUUCGGGAGUAAUCUCACCCAUCAACAGUGAGGUACACUCCUCCUCCUCCUCCUCCUCAUCUACUUCACCCGCCUCUGCUGCUGCGCCUGUCAUACCUCACCCACUGGCCGAGCCGCCGUCGGGACACACCCCGGUGCAGACCCAGAGCCACGCCCAGAAUCAGCACUAUCGCCUGCUCAAGUCUGAAAGCAUGCCUGUGCAUCUCAGUAAAGAUGUAGUUUCAGGUGGAGUUUCUCAGGUCUCCCACCAAGGCCAGACCCGCAAUGACACACAAGGACAAAACCCCCAGAUGGUCAGCUCCUCUCCCAGCAUAGAAAGUCUCUCAGGAGGGCGGGGCCACUCCACUGCCUCCCCGCCCCUGCAUCUGCCCAGAGGCAGUGAUGUCAGCACUUCCUCGCCCCCUCUGUCUGCCAACAAGAAGGACUGCUUCUUCAACAUCACACGCUCUCGCUCCCUGAGCAAGACCAUGGGAAAGAGGGAGACGGAGGAAGACCUGGAGGCCCAGGUGUCUUUUCUGCAGGGUCAGAUUAACGACCUGGAGGCCAUGAGCAAAUACUGUGCCAAGAUGAUGAACACACACAUCUGUAAAAUCCAGGAUGUCAUUCUUGAAGAACACCUGCAGAAAGAAGAUGAGGUUCUGGUGUCAUUAGCUGGACUCAAGCAGAUUAAGGACAUCCUGAAGGGGGAGCUGCGCUUUAACCAAAGCCAGCUGGAGGCGGAGGAGAACGAGGAACUUACCAUAGCUGACGAUCACUACACUUUGACCGCCGCGGCUGAAACCGCGCUGAUAGAAGGUCCAUGCCACGGUGACCAGGACGGAGACAUUGGCAGACGGACGAGGCACUCAGACGUGGACGGAGACAUUAACACGGAGGAAGAGGAGCAGACGAUGACCCCGUGUGACCAACAGGUGGUGUCCUCGCUUGGCUCAGUGGGUAAAAAGUGGGACGACUACAUCCUUGUUUCCCAGGAUGGUGACUUGCAAGUCCCUGAAGGUGCGGGGCUUGAAGUAGGAGAAGAAGGUGGAGUAGGAGGAGAAGGAGAAGGAAGGGCCGUAGCUGAGCAAACUCCUCCUCUACGGCGAGGACGUGGCCUCGUGCGAAUCGAGCCAGAGGGAGCCCCCGGGACCUUUCACGACCCGCUGAUGUCUGGCGUCAACUCGGGUUCAUCCAGCCCAGACGAUGGCUCCACCCACAGCAAGGACUCCGACUUCACCAUCGUCAACCCUAACGACCUGUGAACAAUCAAACAUACCCCACCCCCUCCUCUUCCUCCUCCUUAUUUUCCUACUUCUCCUUCUCCUUUCCAUAGCUAACUAUUUUCCAGUUUUAAGGGUUUGCUAGAAAACACUGACUUGGAAAUGCAGUUUUUGGUGGAUCACCCCUGGAGCUGCUGUCAGCUGGAAUAUUGCACAUGUGUACUGUGAUACUUUGAGUCACAAAUACUCUUGUCUCUAACUGUCCUCUGCUACCUUGGCUCUCAUCUGCCUAAUGCCUGUGUCCUCAUAACGCUGGGUUGUCUGUCUCACUGUACUGCUCUACAGAUAGAGGGCGACAUUGUACCGCUCACCCUGUCACUAAGUGAUGAUAAAUUGGACCUUAAACUAUCUGUAAUAAUUUUCUCUUCUAGGAAUGGACGUCCCGUGCCUGUUGUCUUGAUCCAGAAUGUGAUGCUGGUUUAUUUUCUGAGUCCGCAGAUGUGUCCACUCCCGUGUCUGUUGUGUUCGUUUGUCUGCGUCUUAACACAGGAAGUCGUCGUCUGUCCUACGGUGGAGAACAGGACAACUUCGUCGUUGAGAGCGGUUUCUUCCUCCUCCUCCUCCUCCCAAACCAGUGCCUCUGACCAUUAAUCUCCUCUCAGCCAAGUAAAACCUGACUCUGUGACCUUAUUCAUUUUGUUAACCAUUGUUUUUAUAUUUUUAUUUUAAAAAUGAUUUUAACCCUAGACAUUAAGCUUCCAGGAUAACAGAAUAAUUAAAUUAUCCAGGGAAUCUAUUUUUUUUCUUCUUGUUUCGCCUGGUUUCUUACAGUCCGACUGUUUCACCACCAAAGCAGAGUUCUGUGUCCCGUGUAAACUGUGGCAGGGACAAAUAUGCAGAGAAUGUCCCUGUAAAGCUGUCUAAUCUUCAGAACUUCCGACCAAUAACAGCAUGAUCUCUCUGUCUGUCUUUAAUGGACCAAUUUCACUUCAACGUUUAACGAUCAGAAUUGAAACAAAAUAAAAAGUGACAAGUUGAUCUAAAGAGAGAGAAAAAAAAAACCAAA